AUGCCAUACGAGCUUCGACCCGAGGCCAAGUUGAAACGACCAGCACGUUAUGAUGAGUCGGACGACUCAGAUCUCAGCAGCCCGCCAGAACCAAGGUCCGAGAAUGGAGAUUCGGUCAUCGAUUCACAAGUGUCUCCACCCCCAAAUACGUCGACUGCGACCCCCGGCGCACCAAACCCUCUGACUCUCCCCACAGACGCGCCUCACCUCUCACAAAACCCGUCGCCAGAUAGUGACAAACCUGAAGUACCCCGCGCCACAAUCCCAAACACAAGUGAUCCCCAGCGGCCUCUAAAAUCUCGUGGGAUGGCCCACGUUAAGUACGUCAAGAAACCCAGUCGCGAGAAUGCCUCGCCAGAGACUAAACGCGCGAGACACUUCAAUAAAACCGCCAAGCGCGUAGCAACACCUCUGGAGGAUGGACCCUCGCCUGCAUUUUCCCUACCCAGACCAGCAGCGUUCCCCUCGCUGACGGGCAAUGCCCCACCAUCGCCUCCGGCUGCCAUAGAAUUCACCAAGCAUGGCAUAAGAGAGCUGGUGGAGGCUAUGGACGCUGAAGAUUAUGAACGAGUACGGAAGAUCAAACGCCAGUUCGCAGCCAAAUAUGAGGUGGACACAAGCAUCUGGUACGAUAGUUUGAGGAAAAAUUGGCCUACCGCAGUGACCUUUGAAGAGCUAUGGCCGUCAAUACGCCAGGAAAUCAUCGAACGGAUCCUUGACGACUUCGCGCAGAAGAACUAUCCAUCCCCGUUUUACCCAGUAUGUCGCAUCUUGGACAUCACCAAGGAGAGACUGGAUGCGAUCAUGGCUGAGAACGCCAGAGUCUGGACCGACGACGAAAUUCCACCAUAUUUCAAAGAGUACAGAAGGCGGUAUCCUAAAGCCAUCAUCGACCCCGACGAGCCUCCACCUCAGUGUGUUGUUGAAGCGACGGCAUUCUUGAAACAAAACAGUCUUCCAGGUAGUUUGUUGGGCGAGUGGCAGACUAUGCCGGCAGUCGAAGUAUUCAACAACCCAAACCCGUUUUACCUCCCCACCAAGAAAGAAGCCUUUGAACUGUCACGGCGUAGUUCGCAGGAUGCUCAAAAUCAAGCCAGUCGAAAGCAGCGAGACGACAAGAAGCUGCCGCCACCGCAAUGCCGUGUUUGUGGACAGACAGGCCACACUUACUGGAAACUCGACAAGAAUGGAGUGCACGAGUGCCCUCGGCGUCGACAACAAGUUGCCCAGCACAACACGGAACUUGAGAUCCUCCGCGCGCAAGCAUCCUCCGAAAUCAAAGCCUUCACGGAACGAGACUUCGCAAUGAAAAAUAUCACUCCCAACUGUUCACUGUCAGAAUCUACUCCCAUAGACGCCGCCCCGUACCUCGAAGCCUGGCAAGCGAAUAGAGCAAACCCGAAUCUACACUCCCAUCUUCUGCAUCCAGCAGCGUUACCCGAAGACGGCCGAGCCAAUUAUAUCAACCAGUUACAGACAGAUAAUCUGUCGCAUACAGGGUGGAUACGAAAUCGACUUACAAACCGCCGGUCGAUUCUUACCAGUCAAACGUCAACUUCACACGUGGCUGACAAGCGAAUAAAUCCGCCCAAUCUACCACCAACGCCACAAACCUCAAACUCGUGCGCAAACCCUCUAAUCUGGCCCAACUCACGGUGUCUGGCUCGGAGGCAAGGAACCAGACUCCAUCCACAGUCUGAUGCACCCCAGAUACCCAAGAAGCGCGGUCCGUACAAGAAGAAAGAAGGGAAAGAGGGGCAAAAUAGUACUACGCCGCCUAACAGGGUAGUGGGCAGAGACGGUAUGGUCUUCCUCGGUAGUCUGAAACAAAUGCAGGAUGAGAUUAUGUCCCAGAAACGGGGUGAGGGUGCAGAUGCGACGGUUGAGACGGGAUUGAUGACACCGCCGCUACAGCAGCCGCAUCUGUCAACACCUUGGUCGACCUCAACAUGUAAGGUUGGAGAGACAUACACAGUGCAGAAGGAUGUAGGGGCGAUGAAGGAGGUAAAAGUGCUUCGGCAUUCUACUAUACCACCAGUAUCUGAGACAAAUGCGGCAUCUGCGAUAGAGAGCAAUGGGGCUAAUCCUACAGUACUGCCUCGAUACCUGUAUCAGGCUUCUCCUGCACAAAGGUCGAAAGGGGUGCCUUCGUUAAAGGAGAUGGCAAGAGCGGUCAUGGACCAGCGCCAAGUUAAUGUAGGGAAAGAGAAGGAUCCGACGAUGGAUACUGCACCGUAG